GGCGUGUUCAGGGCCCUGAUGGACUGGUCGCGGCAGCUGUCGGCCAACGCGGUCUGGGUCGAGCUGUUCUUCCUCUUCCUGACGGCCACCGCCUCCGAGGUGACCACCGUCAAGGACAGGCUGCCCGAGUUCUACUACAUCGCGGGCAACGUGAGCCAGCUGACGGACAUGCACCCGCUGAGGCUCAUGCUCCCGGUGUCGGCGGCGUCCGAGUUCAACUACAUGAUGCCGUCGUCGGGCGCGCGGAACGCCAUCAUCUUCGAAAUCUCCUACAUCUCCGCGCUAGAGAUGAUUCUGCCGGGUCUGCUGAUGAAGAUCGUCUCUUGCUUCCUCUACCUGGGCAUCCUCAACUCGGUCGGCGACAUCAUGAUGGGCGACGAGGUGCUCGCCGUUGUCAACACCACGAUCGCAGCCACGCUGGCGUCCACCUCCUCGGCCAGUGGGUCCGUUUCCGCCAGGAACUUGCUGUUCGACAAUAAACUCUGA